AUACGGAAUUGGUUCUUUCCGUUAUGAUACGUCGAUUUCGUUAAUUGAAAAGAAAUCAACUUCCUUUUCAUAAAAACAUCCGAAAUAUAGAAGGAUGGCACCCAGAAAGGGAAAGACCCAAAAACAGGAAGAGCAGGUCACAUUAGGACCCCAAGUCAAAGAUGGGGAAAAUGUGUUUGGUGUGGCCCACAUUUUUGCUAGUUUCAAUGAUACAUUUGUCCAUGUAACAGAUUUAUCUGGAAAGGAAACAAUUGCACGUGUAACUGGUGGUAUGAAAGUGAAGGCCGACAGAGAUGAGGCUUCACCAUAUGCUGCUAUGUUGGCAGCUCAAGAUGUAGCUGAAAAAUGCAAAAAUCUUGGAAUUACAGCUCUUCACAUUAAAUUGAGGGCUACAGGUGGAAACAGGACAAAGACCCCAGGACCAGGUGCACAGUCUGCUUUGAGGGCUUUAGCCAGAUCUGGGAUGAAGAUUGGCAGAAUUGAGGAUGUUACUCCAAUCCCCUCAGACAGCACCAGAAGGAAGGGAGGUCGUCGUGGUCGCAGAUUGUAAAUUUGUAUUUGUUCUGUAGCUACAUAAACUGCAAAGAAAAAAAUGUAAAAAACA